AUGUCUUUUUGUGACUUCAAAACGCUAAGCACAUUUCGAAUCAGUUAAGGGCGCCCUCCAGCGUCCUCCAUCUUUGUGACAUCACGCUUCGAUUCGGCGCCACCUUUCGCCUGGAAGCAACGCUCCUUUCUCUGUAUUGCUCUGGAGAGCUGGUCGUGUGGUUAAGAUCCCUGAGCGCGGGGCACGCCGGGAGUUGUAGUGCCGGCGGACCCAGCCCUGCCGAGUCCCCGGAAGUUGAGGCGGGAGAGGCCGGGCUGAACCGGCUCGGCGUAGCGGGACUUCGGACUACAGCUGAGGCGCUUCUCCCGGAGCCGGUCAUGAACGGACCGGCAGACGGUGAAGUGGACUACAAGAAGAAAUACCGGAAUCUGAAGCGAAAACUUAAAUUCCUCAUCUACGAACACGAGUGCUUCCAGGAGGAGCUGAGGAAGGCGCAGAGGAAAUUGCUGAAAGUGUCCCGGGACAAGAGUUUCCUUCUAGACCGACUUCUGCAGUACGAGAACGUGGAUGAAGACUCUUCUGACUCUGAUGCCACUGCAUCUUCAGACAACAGUGAGACAGAGGGGACACCCAAGUUGUCAGACACACCUGCCCCUAAGAGGAAAAGAAGCCCUCCGCUGGGGGGCGCUCCCUCUCCCUCCAGCCUCUCCCUGCCUCCUUCAACAGGGUUUCCCCUUCAGGCCUCGAGGGCCCCCUCCCCAUACCUGAGCUCGCUGGCUUCCCCCACCUACCCCCCAUUCCCUUCUGACUACCUGGCCCUGCAGCUGCCCGAGCCCAGCCCCCUGAGGCCCAAGCGGGAGAAACGGCCCCGCCUGCCCCGGAAACUCAAGGGUGGUCUGAAUGGUCAGAGGUCAUUAGUGGAAGUCACCUCGCACAUAAUGGCGGUGGGACCCCCCGACUGCCCUGUGGGAGGGCCGCUGACCUUCCCAGGCCGGGGCUCUGGGGCUGGGGUGGGGGCAGCCUUGGCCCCCCUACCCCCACCCAAGAUGCCCCCCCCUACGAUCCUGAGUGCCGUCCCUCGGCAGAUGUUCAGCGACGCGGGUAGCGGGGACGACGCCCUGGACGGGGACGAUGACCUGGUGAUCGACAUCCCGGAGUGAGCCCCUCUGCCCAACCCCCUGCCCAGCCCCCUUGGAGCCAGCACACACGAGCCCCCAGCUUCCGCAGAGUUUAUUGACGCCCAGUUGCCAUGCUGCGGCCACGGACACAAUCAGAAAAGGCGUAAACAUGCAUGAAUGUCCCCCAGAAGGUGGGCCCUCUCCAGGGAGGGCAGGGGUCCUGCCCUCACAUCCCAGCCCGAUCCAGAGGACAGUUAUUUAAAGGAGUGGCCAGGGCUGUCUGUCACCUCUCAGAGAGGCAGAGACCCUGCGGUGGCCCCCCGCUUAAAAGGGCAGCUGUACAGGGCUAGGUAUUGUGUGUGUGUGUGUGUGUGUGUGUGUGUGUGUGUGUUUUUAAAUGAAGAUUGUGUAUUAAAGAAGUGGCUCUUUGUA